AUGGACAACGCUGGUCGCGGUUGGAUCGAGGUUUUAUGCAGAGAACUCGGUCAUUAUGAGGAGAAGGACGACGACGAAUUAACGCAAGCCGAUGAGGACCUCGCGCAGGAUGCAGGCCACGAUUUCAUCUACGAUGUCGCGUGUGAAGACACGUUUGCUGAUGCUGUAGAGACUCAGGAGCAAGACGUAGAUGACGGGAUCGCGGGUGUUGAAGGGGAGGCAGUCUCGUUAGAAGGUGCAGAGGAAGAGGACGACGAGGAGACGGAGUCCGAAUAUGGCGACCCUAUCCAGGGAGACCAGGAAGGGUUUGCAGAGGAAGAGGAGGAUGCUGAGCAGGAGACCGAGUACAUCAAGGCAAGUGAGGGAGACGACGAUGAAGAUAGUUCAGAGGAAGAGGACGAUGAAGAGUCGGAGUUCGAUUUUAGCGAUGCAAGUGACGACGACAUGGAGGAGGGGGGUGGAGAUGAGCAGGGUCAGGAGGGUGUCAGUUCAAGCCACAACAGAGCUUCGGAGGGUGUAGACUUCAUCAUGGAGGGCAGGGAUUUAAUGAGAGUGAAGCUGGUCAACCUCAACGAGGAGCAAAUCCGGUCCUGGGAAGGGGGUGCUCCAUUAGGAAAAUCCGAUUCGCCAACAUGUUCGUCCGCUUCUGCCGCAGCAGCACCCAGGUUGAGGGCGCAGGGGCUGAGCGACGAUCAUUGCCCCAAUACCGACAUUGGCGCUAUGGGUGGAUGGGAGCAGGGGGAGAUGCGGAAGGCGUACAUGAUUGGAAACCAUUGCUUGCGGAAGGAGAGUGGGAUGAAGGACGUCCGCAACGGCGAGCUUCAGGCCCAUCUUCGUGAUUUGCAGAUCGCCAACAAGAUGCUCAAGGAGGAGGAAGGCACAGCUCAAGGCCGAGUCGUCCGCUCUCAAGGUUUCCUCGCGAGCAACAUUGGCAUCGACCACGCUGCUGCAGGAGGUGUGGGCUCCUCGAAGAUGGGGGAAGGCGGUGCUGGCCAAUCUACCCCAGAGCCAGCAACACCGUCACCAGAGAUGGUCUACUUUGACUGUGUGGUGCGGCCCUGGCGUGAGAGCACCACAGUGGCGGAGGCAUGGGCGCUGUGGAACAAGUCUAGCUUCCUAGUGGAAGGCCAAACUCUGCGUGCUCUUGCACAGGAGAGAGGCCUUUUCGUAAAGUACGCAAAGUUCAAGAGGGGAGAGGAGAUCAAGGGAGAGAAUGGAAAGUUUGGACCCACUAAUCUUUUGAAGGCCAAGGAUAGCGGGUGUUGA